AUGUCUGUUGAAGAAACCUUGAACCCCCUCUUCAAAAAAAUCCAGGAAUUGAAGCCUCAGUUCAUCCAAAGAUUGGCUGAUGCUGUUGCCAUCAAAUCCGUUUCUGGUGAUGAAACUCUUAGACCAGAAGUUGUCAAGAUGGGUUACUUCUUGAAGAGCGAAUUGGAAAAAUUGGGUGCUUACGAUAUCCAAAUGAAAGAUUUGGGUAUUCAACCACCACCAGUCGACAACCCAAAAUUAAACUUGCCACCUGUUGUCUUGUCAAGAAUCGGUAACGAUCCAGCUAAGAAGACUGUUUUGAUUUACGGUCACUACGAUGUCCAGCCAGCUGGCAUCGAAGACGGUUGGGAUACCGAACCUUUUGAAUUGGUUGUCAAGGAAGACGAAGAUAAAUUGGUCGGUAGAGGGUCAACUGAUGACAAAGGUCCAGUCAUGGGUUGGUUGAAUGUUUUGCAAGCUCAUAAGGAAUUGGGUCUUGAACUCCCAGUCAACAUCAUCACCUGUUUCGAAGGUAUGGAAGAAAGUGGUUCCAUCGGUUUAGAUGACUUGAUUGCUCAAGAAGCCGAAACUUACUUCAAAGGUGUUGAUGCCGUUUGUAUUUCUGAUAACUACUGGUUGGGUACCAAGAAACCAGUUUUGACUUAUGGUUUGAGAGGCUGUAACUACUACCAAAUCAUCAUCAAUGGUCCAGGUGCUGACUUGCACUCCGGGAUUUUCGGUGGUGUCAUUCACGAACCAAUGACUGACUUGGUGAACGUUUUGAGCAAAUUGGUCGACGUUAACGGGAACAUUUUGAUUCCAGGUGUCAACGAGAUGGUUGCCAAGGUCACUCCAGAAGAAAGUAAGUUGUACGAUGACAUUGAUUUCGACGUUACCGAAUUGAACUUGGCUUCUGGUUCCGACACUGCUAUUUACCAAAGCAAGAAAGAAAUUUUGAUGCACAGAUGGAGAUUCCCAUCUUUGUCCAUCCACGGUGUCGAAGGUGCUUUUAGUGGUGCUGGUGCCAAGACCGUCAUCCCAGCUAAGGUUAGUGGUAAAUUCUCCAUCAGAACUGUCCCAGAUAUGGAUUCCGCUAAGUUGGACAAGUUGGUGCUCGAUUUCGUUAAUGCUGAAUUUGCUAAAUUGAACUCUAAGAACACCAUUCACGCUGAAUUGAUCCACGACGGUGACUACUGGGUGUCUGAUCCAUUCAACGAAAGUUUCACUGCCGCUUCCAAGGCCACUGAAUUGGUCUGGGGUGUCAAGCCAGAUUUGACUAGAGAAGGUGGCUCCAUUCCAAUCUCCUUGACUUUCGAAAAACAAUUGAAGACCUCUGUCUUGUUGUUGCCAAUGGGUAGAGGUAAUGAUGGUGCUCACAGUAUCAAUGAAAAGGUUAACAUCAGUAACUAUAUUGAAGGUACUAAAACUUUGGGUGCUUACUUGCAUUACUUUGGUGCUUCUCAAAAAUAA